AUGGAACCUGCGUCGCAACCCCCUCCCGCAAAUCCUUCGAACCUUCGCUUUACCCUUGAGCUGGAGUUCGUCUCCUCCCUUGCCAAUCCAUACUAUCUGUCCUACCUGGCCGUCACCUACCCAAACCUCUUGGGUGCCGCUCAAGCCGAUGAUGAGGACGACUCUACCUCUGCCCCGGAUGCCCAAGCCUUCGCAGCCUAUCUAGCCUACCUCUACUCCUACUGGAAGACCCCAGAAUACGCGCAGUUCCUCACUCACCCCGGCCCGACUUUGCGCGCCCUGCGAUUGCUCCAGGAAGACCGAUUCCGUCGCGACAUCAUCCUGCCUCACGUCAUCGAGAGCCUGGCCGGUAACUUGCCUGGCGAAAACCAGCCCAACGGUGUCGACGCCGAGGACAAGCAAGAAGAAACGAAUGGAACCCAUACGUGA